AUGUCACGUCGUACGAAUCCGUUGCUGGCGAUUAUUCAGAAGAAGACUCUGAAUGAAUUCUCGAGAAAAGAACUCGAGGAGGCAUUCAUCAUAUGCGAUGUGCGUGGUACGGGUUUUGUGCACAUACGGAACUUGAAGGUUGUGAUGCGUGCUCUUGGCUUCGAACCGCGAAACGAUGAAAUUCAACGACUAACAUCAAAAAUGAUGGAAAAUAAGUUGUUGCGGAAUGCACAUCCAGAUUCAUUUGAUGUGAAUGAAUUGAGUGAGUUGUUAGCCGAGAAACUGGAUCAGCGAAACGGUGCGAGUGAAAUGCAUGCUGCAUUCCAGCUGUUCGACAGUGACUCAAAAGGAUACAUAUCGGCUGCGGAUCUUCGCAAGGUUGCCAAUGAACUGCACGAAAACGUUGACGAUGAACAGUUGAUGGAAAUGAUCAACGAGGCAGAUUCUUGUCGUAGCGGACGUGUUUCAGAAGCUGAUUUCUGUACGAUUAUGGAAAAAACGAGUCUUUAUUAA